AUGUGCAGUGACAAGCUGCAGACAGGUCUGCUGGCGGUCAGCUACUUCAUCUACCUGCUGGUGGGUGCAGCUGUGUUCCAGGCACUGGAGAGGACUGCUGAGAAGCAGGAGAAAAUAGCAGCUGCUCAGAUGAAGGAAGCUUUUCUGCAGAACUUCAGCCACCUCACGGUGGCGGAGAUGGAACAGUUUAUGAAGAACCUGACUGAAGCUAUUCAGAAUGGAGUAUAUCCCAUUGGAAAUGAAUCACAGAUUGAAGACAGCAACUGGGACUUUAGUAAUUCCUUCUUCUUUGCAGGAACAGUUGUUUCCACUAUAGGCUAUGGCACGCUACGUCCUAAAACUGCUGGGGGCCAGAUCUUCUGUGUUUUUUUUGCUCUGUUUGGAAUUCCUCUGAAUAUUGUUUUUCUGCACCGUGUUGGUAAGAUGCUCUCACUGCUGUGUAAAAAGCUGGGGCAAUUUCUGCACGAGAAAGGAAUGAGAAAGAAGAAGAUCAAAUUUCUGACCCUUUUGUUCUUCCUGGCAACGGGGAUCCUAGUUUUUCUGUGCUUGCCAUCAGUCUUCUUCCAGAUCACAGAGGGCUGGUCCUAUAGUGAAGGGAUUUACUUUGCCUUCAUCACCCUCAGCACCAUUGGCUUUGGAGAUUAUGUAGUAG